GUCAUGUUUUUAAAAUGAUGUUGACGAGACAACGUGGAAGAAUAAAACCUGAGGGAGGCGGAAGAAGCGGAGCUGCUGUAAAACCCUCAGAGAAGAAGAAGAAGUAGAAGACUCCGUCAUCAGUAAACAUAUGACGUCAUCUAUCCUCGACACACUCGUGGAACUGAAUAACGACGGCGGCGGAGUGAUGGAGGCGCGUGGUUCUUCUACCGUGAUCCUGCGGGAGUUUGGCUGUGAACAGAACUUUCUGUCUCAACCUGACGGCUCCGCAUCCUUCGUCCAUGGAGACACAAGUGUGUAUGCUGGAGUCUAUGGACCGGCUGAGGUCAAAGUCAGCAAGGAGAUCUAUGACCGGGCGACACUGGAGGUGUUGAUACAGCCCAAAGUGGGACUUCCAAGUGUAAGGGAGCGAUCACAGGAGCAGUGUGUGCGUGAAACCUGUGAGGCGUCUCUGCUUUUGUCACUUCAUCCUCGCUCCUCCCUCACACUCAUUCUUCAGGUGCUGCACGACGAUGGUUCACUCCUGUCCUGCUUAUUGAAUGCAGCCUGUAUGGCUCUUAUGGACGCAGGCCUGCCUAUGAGUUGCCUGUUCUGUGGAGUGACCUGUGCCAUUGACGCAGAUGGUCAGAUCAUCACAGAUCCCACUGCAGCUCAGCAAAAGGAAAGUCGAGCUCUGAUGACAUUUGCUAUUGACGGCAAACAACGCAAUGUAUUGAUGUCAUCAACCAAAGGAUCGUUUUCAGUUAAUGAGCUGCAGCAGUGUAUAGCAGUCAGUCAGAAAGCAUCAGAGAAGCUGUUCCAGUUCUACAGGGACUCUGUGAGGCGGCGAUACUCCAAAACCCUCUGAUGGUGAAGCAGUGUACUUUUUCUGUUCUGUUCUGAAACAAAUGCAUAGAAAUACUGAUUUUUUAAUAAAAUAUUUAGCGAAUA